GUGGAUGACCAUGUUAUAGCAUUCAGUUUUUGUUCUGCCGCCUCUGCACGCUGCACCGUCGACGAAUCUCGAAACAACAAUGGGCGGGGAGACGAAGAAGAGCGAUCCGCCUAGGGAUAAAUCAGGCGGUGGAGGCAGCAGUAGCAACGGCAAUAAUAGCAAACGCAAGGCGGACAGCAAGCAGCAGCAAGAGGCUCAGAAUAACAACAAGAAGAGCCGGCGCUCAGGAGAUGCGGCCCGGCCGCUGACCUUCGUUCGGUUCAGGUUGCUCUGCCUGGAGCCACAGGCGGGAGCAAUCAUCGGGAAGGGUGGUGACACAAUCCGAUCUCUGCGCAAGAACACGUCCGCGGUGAUCGAGGUGCCGCCCGGGAAGGGGGAGCGCUACCGCGUAUGCUACAUCGAGUCUGGGCCUGGCAACCGCAAUGCGCCCACCUUCCCCGGCGGCGAGGCUUUGCUGGCCGCCGCAACCGUGGCUGUGGAGGGCGAUGCGGGGCAGCACACGCCCGCGCUGGACAAGCCGGUGGAGCUGCGGCUGCUGGUGCCCUCGGCUCUGUGUGCGGGGCUGCUGGGUCAGCUGCGCGGCCAGGCGGGGGUCAUGGCCAUGGCGGACGUGGCGGCGGCCAGCGGUGCCGGACUGGGGCGGCUGGCGGGGCAGGGCGAGCGGCCGCGGCAGGCGGAAUCGGACGAGGAGGCGUUCCUGAUCCGCGGCUCCUGGCCCGCAGUGCACGCCGCGCUGGGCGGGUUGGCUGGCGAGGUGCGCCGCGCCUUCUGCGCCGCCCGCAACGAGCCCCUGCCGCUGCCCGUGCUGCAGAUGCAGAUUGACAUGGUGUGCGGCAGGCCGGCGGGCGCCGCCGGCGGCGGCGGCGGCGGCGUGGUAGGUGGCGGCGGCGGUAUGCCGAUGGGAGGCGGCAUGGGUCCCAUCGGCGGCAUGCCUGGGCAGCUGAUGGCGGGCCCUGGAGGCAUGAUGAUGGGCGGAGGGGGAGGAGGCGGGCCCAUGGGCCCCAUGGACGGCGGCGGAGGAGGCAUGAUGAUGGGCGUGGGCGGCGGCGGAGGGCCGGGGCCCAUGGGGCCAAUGGGCGGCGGCGGCGGCAUGCCUAUGGGCGGGCCCAUGAUAGAUCCAUCGGCAGCGGCAGUGGCAAUGGGUGCGAUGGGCAUGGUGGCUAUGGAAAUGGAGAUGGCGGCGGCGGCCGCCGCUGCCGCUGGCAUGCCCAUGGGCGGCGGCGGCAGCGGCGGCGGCCCAAUGGGUCCCAUGAUGCGCAUGGAUGGCGGCGGCGCCGGCCCGGGAGCGGGGGUUGGCGGCGGCGGCGUGCCUGUGUGGGACGGCCCCACGGACCUGGGUAUUGGCGUGGCGGGCCUACUGCCGGAGUGGCGCAGUCCGGCCGAGGCCAACACGCAGGUGACGGUGACGCACCGGCUGGUGGUGCCGGAGGCCAAGGCCGGCCGAUUCAUCGGCAAGGCUGGCGAGGCGCUGCGCGACCUGCGCAAGGCGCUGCUGGGCACCCCCGGCGGCGCGGGCCUGGGCAAGUUGGUGGUGCACCCAGCCGUGAAGGGCACGGCGGUGCGGGUGCUGGAGGUCAGCAGCAGCGAGGCGGCGGGCGCGGUGCGGUGCGCCGCCACCGAGGCGCUGCUGUUCUACGUGGAGAGGCUCGGCCAGAUGCACGUUGCCGACGCGAUCGCAGCCAAAUCCGAGGCCAGUGGCGGCGGUAGUGGCAGUGGCAGUGGUGGCAGUAGCAAGCGUGCCGGGCGCUUCACGGUGCGCCUGCUGCUGCAUCAGUCGGUGGCGGGCGCGGUGGUGGGGCCGCGCGGCGGCAUCAUCCGGCACGUGAGCUCGGUUACCCACACCAGCUGUGUCGUACACAAGAAGAACGACCUGCCGCCGUACGGGGGCAAGGAUGAGCAGGAGCUGGAGGCGUCGGGCGAGCCGCGUGACGUGCUGGAGGCCAUUCAGAUGGUCGCGGCGCUGGUGCGCGGCAGCGAGAUGCGGCACCGCGGGCUGCAGAUGCGCGAAACGCUGGGCACACCCGACUUCGAGCACGUGCACCGCAACUACCUUGCGUCCAUUGGCGGCGGCCGCCCGCCGGCGGCGCAGCAGCAGCAGCAGCAGCAGAUGGGAGAGUAUGGCAUGGAUGGUGGGGUUGGGGGUGGGGGUGAGCAGCAGCAGGGCGCGCCGAUGGGCAGCAUGGUGUCUGUGGGCGCAGGGGGAGGUGGAGGAGGAGGCAACGGCAACAUGCCUGCAGACAUGCUGCAGCAACAGCAGCAGCAGAUGCAGAUGCACCUGCAGGGCGGCGGGCCGGGCGGACCAGGCGGACCAGGCGGGCCGGGGCCGGGCCAGGGGCCGGAAGGGCCCGCGGCAGGCGGAGCAGAUGCCGGGGGUGGGGGUGGCGGCGGCGGCGGUAUGGGCCUGCCGCCUCUGGCUCGCGACCAGGUGCGGCUGAGCCUGGUGGUGGCGGCGGCGCUGGUGAACGCGGCCGAGGGCAUCAACGGCACCAACGUGCAGCAGGUGCAGCAGGUGACCUCAACCAGUGUGGUGCUGCGCGGCCCCUUCCCUCCCGGUGGCGACUUUGAGCUCGACAUCACAGGACAGCUGGCGCAGGUGAUGCAGGCGCACACGCUGCUGACCAACAUCAUGACCAUAGGCGCCAUCCUGCAGCAGAAGCCCCAGCUGGCGCCGCAGCAGCACCAGCCCACAGCGGCGGCGGCGGCCGUCGGAGCGCUGGCGGCGGCAGGCGGCGGCGGCGCAGCCGCCGCACCCGUCGCAGCCGCGGCCGGCAUGCAGCCGCUUGCGGGCGCGAUGGGACAGGGGCUGCAGCAGGCAGUGGCGGUAGCGCCGUCGGUGGCGGCGCAGGAGGCGGCGGCGGCCGCUGCCGCGGCGGCGGCGGCACUGGCGGCUGUCAGUGGCGGCGGCGCACACCAGGUGGCGGUACAGCCCGGAGGCGCUGGCGUCGUCGUUGUACCGCAGCAGCCACAGCAGGCGCAAGUGCAGCAACAGCAGGCGCAACAGCAGCAGCUGCUGCUGCAGGCGCCCAUGCAGCAGCAGCCGCAGGUGCCUGCCCAGCAGCAACAACAGCAACAGCAGCCGCAGCAGACUUACGGUGGGCAGCCGGUGGUGCAGCCACAGGCGACACCGCAGCAGCAGCAGCAGCAGCAGCAACAGGUGCUGUCCCCGCAGCAGUCGCCGCUUACAUUGUCACCGCCGCAUGUGCCCUACACCGCGCAGCAGCAGCAGGGCGCUGUGUCACAACAGCAGCCGCAGCAACAGCAGCCGCAACAGGCGCAGCAAAUGCAAUCUCAGACUCAGCAGGCGCAACAGGCGCAGACGCAGGCGCAGACGCCUCGGCAGCAACAGUACGGCCAACAACAACAAGCGUACACGCAGCCGCAGCAGCAGCAGGCGCAGCAGCAGCCAUCACAGGCUCAGACGCAGGCGCCCCAGCAGACACAGCAGCAGGCGCAGCAGCAGCCGCAGCAGCAGCCGCAGCAGCAGGCGCAGCAGCAGCCGCAGCAGCAGCUAGCGCUGGCGCGGCCUGCCGUGCAGCCGCCUGCGCAGGCGCAGUCGGGCUCACAGCAGCAGCCGCAGCAGCAGCAGCCUUCAUCACAGGCGCAGCCCACGGCACCCGGCCUGCAGCCCACGACGCAGGCUCAGCAGCAGGGGCAGGGCCAGCCGCAACAGCAGCAGCAGCAGCAACCGCAGCAGCAGCAGCAGCAGCAGCAGCAGCAACAACAGACGCAGCAGCGGCCGGCGGGCACAGCACAGGCGCAGGCGCCUGGCUAUGCGCAGACUGGGGCGGCCUACGCACCCGCGCAGCAGGCGCAGACGCCCUACCAGCAGCAACAGCAAGCGCCCCAGUCCUACCAGCAGCAGCCGCAGAGCCAGCAGCCGCCGCAGCAGCACUCCCAGGUUACAAAGCCAGCCCAGCCUCAGCCGGCGCAGGGGCAGGCGCAGCAGCAGCAGCAGCAGCAUGCGUACGCUCAGUCCGGGUAUCCGUCGCAGCCCGCCACAGCGGCGGCGGCCCAACAGCCAGCGCAACAGCAGCAGCCGGCGACGGCAUACCAGCAGUACGCCCGGCCGGCUGUAGCCGCGCAGCCGCAGCAGCCAGCCCAGCCGCAGGCUGCACAGGCGCCACAGCAGCAGGCACUGGCGCCGAACCCGUACGGGGCGACAUACGGUGCCGGGUAUGCGGCUGCGGCCCCCGUCGCAGCGCAGACGCCAGUCGCGCAGCAGCCGCAGCAGCAGCAGCAGCCGGCCGCGGCGAACUCCUACGCAGCCAUGUACGGGCAGGCAGCGGCGACGCAGCCGCAGCACCCCCAGCAGCAGCAGCAGCCGGCGGCUGCGGCUCCCGCCGCCGCGCCCUACGGGGCUGCUGGCUACGCCGCAUACCCCACGGCUCAGCAGCCGUACGCCCCGGCGGCACACAUGGACCCACAGCAGCAGCAGCAACAACAACAGCACGCAGCCUACUACCAGCAGUACGCGCAGCAGUACGCACAACACUACGGCACCGCGCCGCCGCAGCCUGCGGCGCCGCCCGUGGCGGCGGCGCCACAGGCGGCGGCGGAUCCGUACCAGCAGUACUAUGCACAGCAGUACGCGCAACAGCAACAGCAGAACAGUGCUUACGCGACCGCGGCGGCGGCGCAACAGCCAACGACGGCUCCGGCUGUGCCGGGCGCGCCUGCUGCGGCGGCUAACCCAUAUGCCGGGUACCCCGGCUAUGCCUAUCCCACGCGCUGAUGCGGCUUUAGGCCGCGCGCUGGCGGCCCCUUGUGCUACGUUCCUGCUUGCGCUGGAGUUCCUGGAGCUUAGGGAUAUGCAGUUCGUCUGACUGUCUUGGCGACGGCUCUCUGCCUUCUGUUUUGUUUGUGCUGACGUCCGUUCGCUUUGGGCGCCUGGGCGCGUCGGCGCCUGAGCCUGAGUCUGCUUGGCCUGGCCGCCCGGCUGACGACCGGCACCUCUAGAAAGGAGGGCACAGGCCCUUUUGGCUCGUCUUGGAACGGGUAUAUGGUAACGAGAGGGAUGCACCUUCCUUCGCUAGCCCUCUGGAUGGUUGCGUCCAGCCCGCUCGGCAACUGGCUCUUGGCCUUUGGGCUUGCCGCGAUGGCAUUUGCCAGUGGAGGAUCCGCAGCGCUCCGCGCACGUACAAGCCAAGCGGCACAAGCCCUGUGGCGAGAGUUGAGUCCUGCUCAGCCCUUCUGGCGCCCGGGACGCCGGCGCGGCAGCCGCCAACACGAGCUCACGAUUCUAUAAGCAGUUUGGCUGCGCUCUGUUUUCCGAUGGCAGGACAGCCGCGGUUUGGCAUGGCCUGGUUGCGGGGAGUUGCUGUGCUUAGUGCGUGUUGCCCUUGUUGGCUUGUUGGCCGUGUGCGGCUGGCAGCUUGUGUUGAUUUCGGAUACCGGUAGUACUGUGGGUGGAUGCUGACAUUGCAAGCGUGUGAGCUGAGGUGGUGUACACACGAGGCUGUUGUGGAGGACGUGCAGGGAGUGUGACAGUGGUUUAGUUGCCCAGAGCUGACCGCAAGCCUAGGCCCGCGCGCCUUCCUACGCCUGUGUACCUGAUGCAUCUGGGUGCGUGAACUCCUGCGCUGUCGGUUGAUGGGCCCCGUUUAGGUUCCGCACGGGAGGACGCCUCUUGAGUAAUUGCUUGCACUUCAGGCCUGCGGGGCGCUGUGUUGCUCUCUCGUGUUGCCUUUUCCAGGAAGCAGCUUUUGGCAAAAGCUGCUUCCUCUCUGUCAGAAGACUGUGUCCUGCCAGUGCCCGAUGCUUGGCGCCUGCCCGGUUGGGCUGCACCGCUGCUGCGCCUACCUGCUCGCAGCGGGCGCUUUCUUGAGCCCGCUAUCUUGAAAGAAAGACAGA